GCCAGCCAAUCAUAUUUUCAACGCAAACUCAGUGGCGGCAUUUUCAACUGGAUAAAGUGGCCCCAGUCCCGCCCUCCAGUUCCACUGUUUUGUGCAAAGGUAACCCAUGGGGAUCGGAACGGUGUCUGUUGAGCUGCUGCAGCUGCUGACGUCUGAGAGGAGCCUUUGGUGGUUGUCGGCCUCAUGAGCGGACGGCAAAGGACGCUUUUCCAGACGUGGGGCUCGAGCGUCUCCCGAUCCGCUGCGCCUACGGGUUGCAGCUCUGGAACUGAGCGGCCUCAGCGCCCUGGCAUCUCCAAGGCGCGUCUUCCUGUCGCGGCAGAGGCCGCCGAAGAACAGCUGGAGUCGGACGAUGAUGUGUUGCUGGUCGCAGUGUAUGAGGCAGAGCGGCAGCUGAGUCUAGAGAAUGGCGGGUUCUGCACCUCAGCGGGAGCCCUGUGGGUUUACCCUACUAAUUGCCCAGUGCGGGACUACCAGCUGCACAUCGCCCGAGCCGCUCUGUUCUGCAACACGCUGGUGUGUCUUCCCACCGGGUUGGGAAAGACCUUUAUUGCCGCCGUGGUCAUGUACAAUUUCUACCGCUGGUACCCGUCUGGCAAAGUGGUCUUCAUGGCCCCCACGAAACCUUUGGUGACACAACAGAUCGAGGCUUGCUACCGAGUGAUGGGCAUCCCGCAGCCCCACAUGGCCGAAAUGACAGGAUCUACUCAAGCUUUCAUUAGGAAGGAAAUAUGGAGCAGUAAGAGAGUCCUUUUUCUUACACCUCAAGUCAUGAUAAAUGACCUUUCUAGAGGAGCUUGUCCUGCUGCUGAAAUCAAGUGUCUAGUUAUUGAUGAAGCUCAUAAAGCUCUUGGAAACUAUGCUUAUUGCCAGGUUGUAAGAGAACUAGUCAAAUAUACAAAUCACUUCAGAAUCUUGGCUCUUAGUGCCACACCAGGUAGUGAUAUAAAGGCUGUGCAACAGGUUAUUACUAACCUCCUGAUUGGGCAGAUAGAACUUCGUUCUGAAGAUUCUCCAGAUAUUUUGCCAUACUCUCAUGAAAGACGAGUUGAAAAGCUUGUUGUUCCCCUUGGUGAAGACCUUGCCGCGAUCCAAAAGGCGUAUAUACAGAUAUUGGAAGCAUUUGCCAGUUCUUUGAUUCAGAGAAAUCUUUUGAUGAGAAAGGACAUCCCCAAUCUAACAAAAUACCAGAUAAUUCUGGCAAGAGAUCAAUUCAGGAAAAACCCAUCUCCAAAUAUUGUGGGAGUACAACAAGGAAUAAUCGAGGGAGAGUUUGCUCUUUGUAUUAGUUUAUAUCAUGGUUAUGAAUUAUUGCAGCAAAUGGGAACAAGAUCAUUAUAUUUCUUCCUUUGUGGAAUUAUGGAUGGAACUAAAGGAAUGACUCGGGCAAAAAAUGAACUUAGCCGAAAUGAGAACUUCAUGAAACUUUAUAAUCAUCUGGUGUGCCUGUUUGCACAUACACGUAGUGCUUCAGCAGGUCGCAUUUCUACUGUCCAAAAAGGAGAUAAAGAAUUUUUCUAUAGUCAUCCAAAAUUAAAGAAAUUAGAAGAAAUUGUAGUUGAACACUUCAAGUCACGGAAUGCUCAAAACACAUCUGAAAAGAAAUGUGACAAGACCAGAGUUAUGAUCUUCUCUUCAUUUCGAGAUAGUGUUCAAGAAAUCGCAGACAUGCUAUUACAGCACCAGCCAAUUAUUAGAGCAAUGACUUUCGUCGGCCAUGCCUCUGGGAAAAGCAUGAAGGGUUUUACCCAGAAGGAGCAACUGGAGGUAGUGAAACAAUUUCGUAGUGGUGGUUACAAUACAUUGGUUUCUACUUGUGUUGGUGAAGAAGGUUUGGAUAUAGGAGAAGUUGAUCUUAUAAUAUGUUUUGAUGCCCAGAAGAGCCCAAUUCGUCUUAUACAACGAAUGGGUAGAACUGGCCGCAAACGUCAAGGCAGAAUUGUUGUGAUCCUUGCUGAAGGAAGAGAAGAACGUACUUAUAAUCAAAGUCAAUCCAACAAAAAAAGUAUUUAUAAAGCCAUUUCAGGUAACAGGCAGGUCCUUCAUUUUUACCAAGGAAGUCCACGAAUGGUUCCCGAUGGAAUCAAUCCAGAAUUACGUAAAAUGUUCAUCACACAUGGUGACUAUGAACCAGAGAAGCCUUCUCGGAACUUGCAGCGAAAGUCAUCUAUCUUUUCCUAUAGGAAUGGAAUGAGGCAAAGUAAUUCAAAAAAGGAUUUGUUCUUAUCAGAAGAAGCAUUCAAAUUAUGGAAUAGACUUUAUAGAUUAAGAGACAGUGAUGAAAUUAAGGAAAUAACAUUGCCUCAAGUUCAGUUUCUAUCUUUACAAAAGGAGGAAAACAGACCAACUCAAGAACCAACCAUUGGAAUUCAUCAGCUCUCUCUCUCUGAGUGGCGAGUAUGGCAGGAUCGUCCUUUUCCUACGUAUCAAGUUGACCAUUCAGAUCGAUGCCACCAUUUUAUAAGCAUUAUGCAGAUGAUAGAAGAAAUAAGACAUGAAGAGGGAGAAUGCAGCUAUGAAUUGGAAGUUAAACCUUAUUUAAAAAUGGAAGAUGUUACUGCUCCCAGGAACCAAUACAAUCUUGCCAAUGGCACCGUUACUAGUAACAAGAAAUCUUCAUUUACAAAGAAUACAAAUCAAGCCAGUUCAUUCUCAGUGACAGAACCUGAUGAUGAAUGUGCUGAAAUAUUUCGACAACCUCAUAUAAAACCUACUAAAAUUGUUUCUCUAAAGAAAAAAGCUCCUAAAGGACUGAAAAAAGAUCAACCUGAAAAAGAAAAUAAUGAUGUUGUUAUGGAUUCUGUAGAUACUGGUGGCAGUUCAGUUGUUGAAAAUAUUCUUCAGGCAGACCUGAAUGAUAAAAGGACAUUAGGUACAGAUGAAGUUGCUGCCGCAUGUGCUAUCAGUGAAAAUGCUAACCAGCCACAUGGAUUAUUAACAGAAUGUCAGUUUACAAAUAAAUCUGCUAGUUCAUUCGCUGGAAAUUUUUCAGAUUCUGGUUAUAACAGUUUCAGUGAUGAGAAAUCUGUUUUAUCUAGCUUAUUUCUUCCAUUUGAGGAAGAGCUUUGUAUAGCUAGAACAGAUGACCAGUUUUAUAAUUGUUAUUCCUUAACAAAAGAGGUACUUGCUAAUGUAGAGAGAUUUUUAUCUCAUUCUCCUCCACCUCUCAGUGGACUCUCAGAUUUGGAAUAUGAAAUUACUAAGGGUUCUGCACUUGAAAAUUUGCUUUACCUGCCCUACAGAGAGUUGCAAAAUGAUAAAUCUACUUGUUUAAUGUCACAUUCAGCUAUAAAUUCUCAACAGAUUUUAGAAUUGAACUCACUUAAAUUUAUUAAUCAUCCUCCUGAAAAAAAUAGCCUUUAUAGUGCAACUAAUGAUAAGAUUUCUGAUGAGCCAAGCUUCUGUGACUAUGAUGAUAAAGUACGGAGAGAUACUAAAAAUGAAAAUUUCGUAUCCAGAAAUCAUACUCAAAUAAACAUAGGCCCUCCUAAGUGUUUUGUUGAAGAAAACAUUUGUGGUGUUGAUAACAAUGGCCUCCCAAUAUUGCUCACUGAUCAGGAUGAGAGUUUACUACUAUUUGAAGAUAUUAACACAGAGUUUAAUGAUGUAAGCCUUUCUCCCUCAAACAGUAAAAGCAAAUCUUUACAUGUGUCAGACAAAACUCGUACAAGCGAAAUGACACUGGUCCCUCAGUUCUUAAUUUCUGAUGAACUUUUGUUCGACAAUAAUUCUGAACCCCAAGAUCAAAUUAUCUGUGAUACUAAUAGUUGGAAAUCUCAUGAAGAUUUGACAGGUGUAUGUAAGGAAAAACUGAAGAAUGAUGAGUAUGUUUUUGACUACUCUAAGGAUUUAUUUUCUGUUAACUUUGAUUUAGGAUUUUGUAGUCCAGAUUCUGAGGAUGAAGUAUUAGAACAUGCAUCAGAUACAAAUAAGAAUAAAUUGUUAGAUCUAUCUGGAAGGUGUUUGGGUAGUAAGGAGAUAAAUGUUGGAAAUUAUGUUUCAAAUCAAGCAGUAAUACCAAGAGAUCAUGUUGAUAGUUCUACAAGUAGAACCAUUACUAUCUCAUCAAGUAAAGAUAAGCAGAGCCCAAUUUCUCCACGUUUUUCAUUGAGUACAGCAAAAAAUAAGCAAUUCAUAUCUCCUGGUUAUUCUCAGUUUGCUUGGCCAGUAGGAGAAAAAGUUAUGAGUACACCACUUGCUAAAUCAAACACAUUGAAUUCAUUUUCUAAAAAGAGAAAGGAAAUGCCUAGGACACCAAAUUCUAAUAAAGGAAAAGUAAAUCUACAAAGUUUCAAAGAAACAUUGAAUUCAACUUUUGAUGAUUCGGGACUUUGUAUAGAAAAGGAGAAAAGCAGGAAACAAAUCAGUCUAUGUCAAUCCUGUCAUUCUGCUGAAGAUGAACAAUUAACAAGCAAUGAAAGUGAAGAUGAGAUUUUCCGAAGAAAAAGUAAAAAAACAAAAGGAAAUGUUUUAGAAUCCCCCGAGGAUCAGAAAAAUAGUGAAGUUGAUUCUCCGCUCCAUGCCGUAAGAAACCGCAGGGGUCCUCCAAAGAAAUUAGCAUUAUCAUCUAGUGAUGAGAGUGAGAAUUUUCACAAACAACAUCCACAAUUAGAAGAUGUCAAAGGUCAUAACAGGAAUUCCAAAAGAGGCAUCAAAAUCCAAAAGAGACAGAGUCACCAAAAGCUUUUAGCUAGGAAGUUUUUACAUGAUGAAGCAGAACUUUCCCAAGAAGAUGCUGAAUGUGUUUCAUCAGACGAAAGUGAGGAGUCAGAAAAUGAAAAAGAUACCUCGUUAAUUGACUUCUUAAAUGAUGAGACUCAACUUUCACAGGCCAUAGAUGAUUCUGAAAUGAGAGCUAUUUACAUGAAAUCUGUGCGCAGUCCAUUGAUGAGCAAUCGGUACAAAAUGAUCCAUAAGAAACGUAACAACAUAAACAUUUUCUCACAGAUUCCUGAGCACGACGAAACCUACUUAGAAGACAGUUUUUGUGUAGGUGAAGAGGAGUCUAGUGAAAGCCAAUCAAGUCAAGAAGUGUGUGUUGAUUUUGAUUUAAUAACUGAAGAUUGCUUUGCAAAUGGGAGUAAAAAAUAUAAAACCCGACGUGCAGUAAAGCUAAAAGAAAUGCGGAUGAGACAAAAUGGUGCACGUUCAAAAAAGAAAUUAUCCAGAAUUGUUUUACCAGACGAUUCAAGUGAGGAGGAAGACAGCGUAAAUGAUAAAAAAAAAUCCAGUAAUGUGGGCAACUCAAUCAUUGUUAAAAAGAGCCAACAACAGGACCAUUGUUUGAAUUUAGUGCCUUCUGGGUCUUCCAUGCCGGCCAAGGGUCAUUCUGAUCCAAUUGUUAAUCAAUUGCCAAAGCAGAAACAACAGACACCACUUCAUUUAAAGGAUACAGUUUCUGAUGUCUCGGGCUGCAGGCCUCAGAGCCAAACUGACACUGGAUCUACCUCACCAUCGUUCACUGCUGUUGAUUCACAGAAAGACGGUGGCAAAUUCCCAAUUCAAUUGAAGGUUGGUAGUGCCCUGAAGGACUCCGGCUUCUCAGGAGCAUAUGGCCCCAGUUCAAGGCUAAGUCUGGCUGGCACACAUGCUCCUUCCAGACUCCCACAGGAAGGCCAGAGAACUUGUAUUCUGGUAGACAGUCGUGAAAUCGCUUCUGGUUCAGAAGUCAUUUCUUUCCUAAGAGCCACUCAUGGCUUUCAGGUAGAAGUUUGUCCUCUUAACGGUUGUGAUUACAUCGUGAGUAACCGCAUGGUGGUGGAAAGGCGGUCCCAAUCUGAGAUGUUAAAUAGCAUUCAUAAGAACAAGUUCAUUGACCAGAUCCAGUACCUACAGAGCAUGUUUGAAAGAAUUUGUGUGAUUGUGGAAAAGGACAGAGAAAAAACAGGAGACACAUCCAGGAUGUUGAAGAGAACGAAGAGCUAUGACAACCUGCUGACUUCCUUAGUUGCUGCUGGAAUCCGAAUUCUUUUCAGUUCCUGCCAAGAAGAAACUGCGGAUUUGCUAAAGGAACUGUCCUUAGUAGAACAAAGGAAGAAUGUUGGUAUUCGUGUCCCAACAGUGGUGACCAAUACAGGCUAUGAGGCACUUAAGUUCUACCUGAGCAUUCCCAAUGUGAGCUGCGUGACUGCGCUGAACCUGUGUCACCGGUUUCCAUCUGUGAAGAAGAUGACCAACAGCUCACCUCAAGAAAUCUCCAUGUAUGCACAAGUAACUCCUCAAAAGGCUGAGGAGAUCUAUAGAUACAUGCAUUAUGUAUUUGACAUGCAAAUGUUACCAAACGGUCCUAACCAAAGUAGAGAGAAAUCUGACGCAUGAUCAGACUGCUCAAGGUGCAGUUAUCAAAGAACUCUCAUAAUACUAAAUGCAUUUCAGUAAUCAUUGCUAUGGUUUGUGAUUGUCAGUCUAAAAUAUAUAAAUAAGAGAACAUUCCCAUAGCUAUUUUAUAUUGUAUAUUUUUAUUUAUAUAGAUUAUGUAUUUAAAAAAUAUGUUCAGUAAUCAUUUUGAUUAACUAGACUAUGAAAGUUUAAUUGAAUAAUAAAAGAUUAUUGGUGUAUUACAAAAGUAAAAGCUAGAGAUGUAUUAUGGAAUUUUCCCAAAGAUUUUAGUACUAUCAUUGUCAUGUUAGCAUAAUAGGUUGAUGCAUCUGACUGCAGCCAACUUGGUUAGAAACAAUUUUUCCUAUAUAUAAACUGUAAUAUCUAGAAUACUAUUAAUGUCCUGAGUCUACACACAUCCUGGAUAAGGUGUGGAUGGUAGGUGUAUUGAGAUAAAUGCCCCAGUAACUAGGAAAGUGGAAAGUGUAACUAAGUAUGUUUAUCUUACUACCAAAGGUGACCCAAUCAAGUGCUCAAGUCCUAUUAGUAUAAACUCAAAUCUACUUUUUUGUUGUUGAAAUAAUCAUAUUCAAUGAAGUGAUAUACCGGCUUGGACUUGAAAAAUUUCUUUUUAGUAUAAAUGAGCUAUUGAAUGUGGACUUUUAUCAUGAUCAAUUAUUGUGUCUAUGAUGUUAUUAGUGUUUUAAGAUGGGUCCAUGUUUGUCUGCAAGAGCUGAGGCCCUUCCUGUAGUCAGUCUAGUGCUAAAGCAGCCUUUAAUUACGGACAUUUCCCCCCACUUACAGUCGUUUAUUCUCUGGUUGCCUUAUUUUUUUCUUGUGUUACAUUGUUGGGUAAUUGAACCAACCUCACAGUAGAGGGCUUUUCUUAAAUUGUGUUUCUCUUUCCUUUCUUAUCUGAUGAUAAAAGUGAGGCCCAGAAACAAGUGACUUACGGAAAUCAAGAACCAGAAACCAGGAACGAUAUAUAUUGGGUUGUUGGAUAAGUCAUGACACAUUUUUGCAAUGAAAAACAGAAAAAAUACAUGACUUUUCCGACAACCUAAUAGUUCUAUUUUGCUAAAAAGUUAUUCUAAUUGUAAACUUAGCACUUUUGGGAUAGUAUAAAUUCUCAGUUCUGGGCUGGCCGAGUGGCUCGUUGGUUGAAUUGACUUGGGACGCCAACUCUGAGCAGUAGGGCCC